AGUCGUUCAGAUAGAUUGUCAGUUUAGUUAUAUUAUUUCAUUUCCUUUCGGCCAGAGGCGAGAUUAUAAGAAUACAUGUUGUCACGAAAGUUUAAAGUCUGCCGGACAAAUACUCUGUCCCUGGCGGUGCUGACCCUCAUGUCCUCGCUGCUCUACUACACGGUGACGUCACAGAAAGGCGCGGGGGCGAGCAGCGGUAGACAGCUGGUUGACGAUUCAGUGCUGGACGUGGACGAGCUCAUGUCACGUGAUAACCGCGGUAGAGAUCAGUUAGCGGCCGUGCCAGAUGCACAGACUAAUAAAAUAGUUGUGCCUGCUACAAAAGUGCCAAUACUUUUCACCCACUUUGUUCCAAUCAAUGAAGGGCUGACACAGAAUACGUUGGUAAAGAACUCAAAUGUUCCUGCUACAAAAGUGCCAAUACUUUCCUCCCAAUUUGUUCCAAACAAUGAAGGGCUGACACAGAAUAAGUUGGUAAACAACUCAAAUGUGCCUGCAACAAAAGUGCCAACUUUUAUACCCAUCAACGAAGAACUGGUGAGACAAAUGUGGGGCAAAAAUGAAACGUGUAAUCAGACGUGUCAGUCCAUCAUCGCACAAGUCAUACGGUCAGGUUCAAGUCUUCAGAGGCGUGUCACUAAGGAAGGUGUAGAGGAAUGGAUGGAGAACGGCGUCAUCUUCCGUCAGCCAGUGCCAACCAAAUCAACCGACCCGUACCCAAGUCCAUACGUCCCUGAGUUGGAGCCUUUUGUUCCGUUUAAUUCCUCCACGUUUUUUGAAGACCAGCGGGAAGCCGGAGCUGUGAUUGACAAGAAAAAAAUAAUUCUAUGGUACAUACCAACACGGUAUUGGCCAAAGAUGGACAGCUUAAACCCCUUAAGGUUUUGUCCGGAUUUUCCUUGUGUGAUAACUACAAAUAAAACGUUUGCUGAACAAAGUGCUGCGAUGGUUUUUCCGGGUGAACUGCUGACAAGACCUCCACCAAAACGGCGUCCAGACCAGGUGUUUAUUUUUAGCAACCACGAGCCACCCACCCCAUAUUGGUGGGGGAAAAGUGGACUCAAGAACGACAAACUCGGAUGGAAGACUGUCUUCAACUGGACCAUGACUUACAGAAUGGAUUCUGACGUCACUUCCUUAUAUGGAAUCUUACGAAGGCGGUUUAAACCGAUCACUCGAGAUUAUGAAUCUAUCCUGGCCAAAAAGACAAGGAAAGCUGCUGUGCUUGUUAGCAAUUGUAAAUCGUCGGGGAAACGAGAAAAAUAUAUUGCAGAGAUACAGAAAUAUAUUUCUGUAGACGUAUACGGCAAAUGUGGAAAUUUUUCUUGCGCACGGGCCGAUGAUGAUAAGUGUUUCCAAACCAUCGACACCAACUACAAAUUUUAUUUAUCCUUCGAGAGUUCAAUGUGUGAGGACUACAUAACAGAAAAGCUUUUCAGGUACAUUAGCACCAACACAAUCCUAGUGGUCCGUGCAAGCAAUGAGUACUCACGCCACGCCCCUCCAGAAGUUUUCAUCAACACGGCAGAUUAUGCCAGCCCUAAAGAGCUCGCGGACAAGCUGCUUUACCUGGACCAACAUGACAGCGAGUACAUCCGUUUUUUACAAGAGAAGGACAAGUACGUUGGUAUCUAUGAAGACUAUCCAAUCAGAGAAGAGGAUGGGCGGAUACGUUACAUGCAUUAUCAUUACGAGGGCGUGGCAUUUUGUCAAGUAUGUCAGAGGUUGUGGAACCUUCAGUCAUAUUCUAAAACAGUUCCAGACGUUAAGGAAUGGUUCACAAAAAAGAUGUGUCGUCCACCUCUAGAUAUUUGACAUCAUUUUGAUUUGUCUCACGCCCUGCCGAAAUUUAUUUUAAAAUUAUACUUACAAUUAUGUUUAAAUUAUCUUUAAACUAUAUUUUAAUACGCCACUUUUGUUAUUGUUUUAAAGGACUAUUUUAUUGACAUUUGUGAUCUAACUGCGAGCCACAUAAGGAAUUAUACAUUUAUCAAAGAAAGUCUCUCACCCGUGUCACGAAAUCGUUUGCCAGUUCCUUUUUUAUUUUUACGGUAACUUCCCGUUAAAACUUUUACAAGCUAAAAUAUCAAAGCAUACAGAAGGUUCAUAAUAGUACGAUUGGUAUAAAAACGCGAUUAUGUAAAUUUAUAUCUAAAUCCCACGGAACCUUUUUAAAGUGAACUUGCACAUUUUUAAAUUUGUCAACUCAAUAUAUCUUGCUUCAGAACAAAACCUGUUUGUAAAUUAGCUGCUGCUUUUUUGCUCUUUAAAGAUUUUUUUUGUUUAUCAGAAUAACAACGUUUGGUUGGAUCACUGUACUGUUUUCACUUUCUUUUUUUUACUUGUAAUUGAAUUUUUUUCCAGAGUAUAUUAUUACCUGUUUAAAAUGUUA